AUGAUAACAAUGACUAUUGUAGUCAUUGCUGCUGGGGCUAGAGCCGAAAUUUAUGACUGGUUCAAUAGGUCGAAAAUUUUUGAGCAGCAGAACCAACUGGAUAAUAGUGUGGCUAACUUACACAAGAUUAUAGAGGAUCUGAAAACUAUCAUUGUCCAACUUAACAAAUCUACACAAGAGUUGCAGAGCAAAGUGGAUGUCAUUCAAGCUCCUUCCCGGCCUCCACGGCCUCUUUCCGUGUUCUGGUAA